AUGUUAAGAGGCUCGGUCUCUCUGUUUUGGGCGCAGGCGAUGGUGGAGACGGUGAAUAACCUGCUGCAGCCGCAGGCGCGGACGGCGUGGAUGGAGCUCUCGAGCCGAGAUCAGCUGCGCGCCGCCACCAUGCUGCUGGACACCGUCGAGCAGGGCGCCUUCGUGCUCGCAGACAACCUGCUGAAGACCGACAUCGUGCAGGAAAACACCGAAAACAUCCAGCUGGAGGUGGCGAGGAUGAGCACAGACGGAAGUCUUCCCGAUCUGAAGUUUCCACAGACGGGAGGCCAGGGAAACACCAUCCACCUGUCAGCCAACACCCUCAAACAGCACGGCAGAAACGGGGAGAUCCGGAUGGCGUUCGUCCUGUACAAGCAUCUGGGUUCGUAUCUGUCCACUGAAAACGCCAGCAUGAAGUUCAGCAGCGAGACGUUAAACACAAACUACUCUGUCAUCGUCAACUCUCCCGUUAUAACGGCGGCCAUCAACAAAGACAGUAACAAAGUCUACCUGUCCGACCCCGUCAUAUUCACCAUGCGACAUAUUCAGCAGUCAGAGGAGAAUUUCAACCCCAACUGUUCGUUCUGGAGCUACUCGAAGCGCAGUAUGACGGGCUUCUGGUCGACGCAGGACUGCCGGCUGCUGGGAACCAACCGAACGCACACCACCUGCUCCUGCACACACCUCACCAACUUCGCUGUGCUCAUGGCUCACGUGGACGUGAAGGCCAACAGGAUGUGUCUGAUGUGCAGCUCGACGCCUGCUGAGUUUUUUCUUCGACUGUUGAGUAAGGAGAGCGAGGUUUGCGGGUCGAUCCUCACAGGUGAGUGUUGUGUUGUUGACACGGCUGCGACGGCGGCAGCCGCAUUAAUGGACGCAUCGAGCGCUGGAGUGAUGCUGAGUCUGGGGACAAUGUCAGACAACCGUCAUCCAUCAAUCUUAAAGGAGGCUGCUGGUCGCCAUGGUUACCUCACGCUCUCAUCGCAGAGUCUUCGACUGUUGAGGAAGGAGAGCGAGGUUUGCGGGUCGAUCCUCACAGGUGAGUGUUGUGUUGUUGACACGGCUGCGACGGCGGCAGCCGCAUUAAUGGACGCAUUGAGCGCUGGAGUGAUGCUGAGUCUGGGGACAAUGUCAGACAACCGUCAUCCAUCAAUCUUAAAGGAGGCUGCUGGUCGCCAUGGUUACCUCACGCUCCCAUCGCAGAGAAGUGCUGACAUCCGGUCUUCCAGACUCAAAGUCUCCUGGGAUGUGUCCCAUAUCAGCUGUGCUCUUCUCCCCUGGCUGUGUGGCCUCCGUAGGGACCCUACAGAGGGAGUACAGUGGGAAUCGGUGACGUGUCAGCGGGAUCUGAGCGCUUUAACUGAAAUCGCCUGCGCCGUCUUUGCGGCUCUGCUGCAUUUCUUCUUCCUGUCUGCGUUCACGUGGAUGUUUCUGGAAGGCGUUCAGCUCUACAUCAUGCUGGUGGAGGUGUUUGAGAGCGAGCAUUCGCGCAGGAGGUAUUUCUACCUGGCCGGAUACGGCAUUCCUGCGCUCAUCGUAGCCGUUUCUGCCGCAGUGGAUUACCACAGUUAUGGGACGGACAGAGUUUGCUGGUUGCGGUUGGAUACUUAUUUCAUCUGGAGUUUUAUAGGUCCCGCCACAUUCAUAAUCAUGCUGAAUGUGAUCUUCCUGGGAAUCGCUCUCUACAAGAUGUUCCACCACACCGCCAUCCUGAAGCCAGACUCUGGUUGCCUUGAUAACAUCAAAUCGUGGGUGAUCGGAGCGAUCGCGCUGCUCUGUCUGCUGGGCCUGACCUGGGCGUUUGGCCUGAUGUACGUUAACGAGAGCACGGUGAUCAUGGCGUACCUCUUCACCAUCUUUAACUCGCUGCAGGGCAUGUUCAUCUUCAUAUUUCACUGCGUCCUGCAACAGACAUGGCCGAGCCAGCAUAAGCGUCUUUGUGAAAGGAGUGCGUGCAUGCUGAAUGCGUUUGCAUUGGCCAGCACUUCAGUCUCGUCGUCGCGCGGCCCGGGACGAUAUUCCUCUGCAUCGCAGAGCCGAAUCCGCCGCAUGUGGAAUGACACGGUGAGGAAGCAGUCCGAGUCUUCAUUCAUGGCUGGAGACAUUAACAGUUCAGCGACACUCAACAGAGGUGCCAUGGCCAAUCACCUCAUCCCAAACUCUCUGCUGCGCGCUCACGCCUCUAACAACCCCUAUAACACCUUACUGGGCGAAUCAGCCGUCUAUAACAACCCUACCCUCAGCAUGUACAACGCUCAAGAGGGAAUCCUGAACAAUGCUCGGGAUACAAGUGCCAUGGAUACUCUACCACUGAAUGGUAACCAUGGCAACAGCUACAGCUUGGCCAGCGCCGAUUACAUGAGCGACUGCGUGCAAAUCAUCGACCGCACGUACAACGUACACAAAGAGACCACGCUGGAGAAACGGAUCCUGAAAGAGCUCACCUCCAACUACCUGCCCACCUACCUGAACAACCACGACCGCACGGCCGAGCACGGACGCAACCUCAUGAACAAGCUGGUGAACGAAGUCAGCAACGGAGGCGGGGUGAAGGACUCGCCCAUGCUGCCCGUCAAUCUCGCGUUGGGUUUGGAUGACUCUGCGUCUUUCCCACACGAGGACAGUCUAGGGCUGGAGCUGAUCAGGGAGGAGUCCAACACACCCUUGCUUCCACCACCACGCCACGUCCAGCCUCUUCCCUCCACCUUCAGCUCGGCUUCUUCAUCGCGACGGCGCCUACCGCAAGAAAACAGCGAAAGUUUCUUCCCUCUGCUGACAGAGGAGCAAACGGAAGAGACUCCAUCGCCGCAGAGAGACUCGCUCUACACCAGCAUGCCCACGCUGCCCGACCCCGAACGCUCCGACACGCAUUCGCUGCCCCGCGGCGGUGACACGCACAUGCUCCCCAGAAGCGGCGAGCCAGACGACGUGUAUUAUAAGAGCAUGCCCAACUUGGGCUCACGCAACCAUCUGCACCAGCUGCAUAGCUACUACCAACUGGGCCGCGGCAGCAGCGACGGCUUUAUCGUUCCUCCCAAAGAUGAGCUUUCGCCCGAAGAAACGCCGCCGCAGGAAACCGCACACAUGACACCGGCUUGUAGAUGAAUGAAGAAAGGAAGCCCAACAUUGAAAAUAUGUUGCCAUUUUGGAGUAGAGAUAUGAGAAGUAUCGUGGUAUAUGAUCAACGGAGGUCGUUUUCAUUCAGAGAGAGUGACACUUGUGUGAUUUAGCUGCAGAGAUCCCAGCAUACCUUCUUUUUGCUUUUAUUAUUUUUGUGGUGGAGAAUGAAUGGUUAUUUAUUUCACUGAGGGAAGAAGUACAAACUAUUCUGCAAAAAUGUCUGGGGGUAAAAUGAAUGUGGCACAUAUUAGAUUUUUUGUCAUUACAAAUAUGAUUUUAUUUAUUCUUAUAUCCCUUUUCUUCUCCUGUGGUUGAAUGACCUCUCACUAAUAUUUGUUGUAACAGUGAAACUUGUUUGCCAACAAAUAAAUGACUGACAGAGUGAAGCCGAGAGUUGCUGGCUGUGUGCGUUUUCUGCAACACGACUCAU